AUGUCGUCUCAGCCCAUGGAGAAGUCCUCGUCAUCUGACGGGACCGGCGUCUUUACUCCGGCAUCCUCCACAGCAGCUACUACUCCGACGGAUCUGAAGAAGGUGAAGACACUACUUGGGAAAUGCACUGUCCAGGGCUUAAACAAAGGCUACGUGUGUGCCUGUAAGAUGGGCACCGCUGAGUCCUUUGUAUCUGCUAUUGAUCAAGUGGCCUCAUGCACUGAAUGCCAUCACUCACUCAGCAAGCACCUGGAAUACACUGAAAUUCCAGCCAAGAAACAAGCCGCCAUGCUUGCACUAUCACCACAGCCGGACAUACACAAAGGACCUGAGAUCUGUCCACGAAUUGACACGUUGCUUGGGAUAGCACAAGAGCUCGACACAAAACAUGUCGUCUAUGUACAAGGCUCACCCGUGUCCGGCAAGACAACCCUUGCUCUUUUGCUGAGGGACUUCCUUCGCCAGACACGCAAGGUCAUCUUCGUGAAAGGUUGGAAAAGGAAUUGUAGCUCAUUGAAUUACCUGAUCCAGGCAGCCUAUGCGCAGGGCCUGAGUCAGGACGAGGUGCACGGCGAUCUUCAGAGUGAUCACAACAGCGGACUGGUGUUCAUCUUGGAUGACGCACACGAGACCUGCGGUGAUUUUGACUUCUGGUCCGAGAUUGUCGAUGCCCGAUUCGGCAAGCAGCAUGGCCCUCGUUUCUGUUUGUUCUUUGCGCACGAGUCUUUGAGGACUGGGUCCCUCGAGGCGCGCUUCAGCAGACCUCAACCUGUCUUCAAACCAUCGCGCACAGUCACCCUCCUGCCCUACUGGCCGAGCUCCAUGUAUUCCGUCUUCUACACCCAAUCCGAGCUACAGGAUGUGGUCAAGAGGCACAGUGCUACGACCGGCUGCCCUGACCUGUCCCACUAUGGUCGGGAGUGUUUGAUGGCACUGACAGACGGACAUCCUGGAAUGGUCGAUGCCCUGCUGGCAUAUAUAUGCCAGUACGCAGGAAGAGACUUCCAACAAUACAUCAACAAUGAUAUGUUGUCGCCCCCAACCGAUGAAUUCCGCGAGUUCCUGAGCAGCAACGACGCCCUCGAAUUUAUCCGAUACCAGCCCGCCGGGAAGAGUCUGCCAUCGAAGUACAUGACCAACGGGAUUCUAACCCAACCCAUGAUCGACAUCCUGCUCCGGGUACUCCGCCAGGGCAACAUCCGCUUCAACCACAAGGACCCAGACUUGAAGCUCUGCGUCAAAUACGGCUUCCUGUACACCUUCCUCGACUUCGCCAACAAGGUCUUCUGCGUCCUCCCCUCCAACCUCCAUGCCCGCUUCCUCGAAUACGAACACAGCGGCAUCUCCGAACCCAGCUUCCAAGGCGUGGGCGGCGGCCCGGAGAUCCGGGAAUUCUGCAUCCGCGUUCUGCAGUCCCUGCCCCCGGAGUCUUUGCAGAACACCUUCGCCAGCCGGCGGGGUCCCGCGGGUCGCGUCCGGGCCCGGGCCGAUCUGUUCCAGGACGAGUUCUACCAGAGCUGCUGGAGCCACAACAUCUUCGGUGGGGCGGUCACGCGCGACUGGGCGCGCACCGCGAGCCCGCGCACGGCGGUCGAGGUGCCCGCGGUGGGCUGGCGCAUCGAGCUGCUGCACGGGUACGCGGCGGGCUUCGAUCUGCGCGCGAUCGCCCGCGAGUGUGCGGAUUUGGUGGCGCGGGGUGAGAUUGCAAGAUCAUGUUAUCCUGUCAACUACGGAGUGGACUAG